AUGUGCCGCUGGACUAUCAUUGGCCUGUGCUUCGUGCACAUCGUGGGGCAGGAUAUUCUCGAUUUUGACGAUGCAUGCCACAAGAGCAAUGCUAUUGAAUGUUCUGCAUCCUGGCUGCAGCGACGCGCACGUCGAGUCCAAGACAACUCUCCGGCCCACGCCCACGAGCUGGCAAUGGAGGAAGACUCGAAAACUGUGUCGGCUGCACAUUCGUCGGAAGAGAUGUCUGUGAAAUCCAUGAACAUGGUGAACUCAACCACCAGCUUCUGCGACACCCACACGGGAGGUCAUUGUUCAGACGAUGAUGGAAGGUGCCACAAGAAGAUGCCAGAUGUUUUCGCAGACAUCGUUCCAAUCAACGACGAGAGGAAAGAGUUCCCACCCAGACAGGCGAACCUCCAGACGGCCAUCUGCCUGAGCGGUGGUGGCACCAGGGCCAUGGUGGCUGCACUGGGAGCUCUGAGGGGCCUCGAGUACUUGGACUUGUUGGGCCACACGGACCUUCUUGUGUCGGUGUCCGGCGGCACAUGGACCUCGGGACCCUUCAUGUUCUCGCACAUGAGCAAGGGCCAUCUUCUUGGAUCCCCGACGCGACCGUCGGAGCUUUCCCUCGAGGCGCUGACGACGCGGCCAGGGUUGAUAGGCGAUGGGGCGACGCACGACAUUUACCACCUGCUGAAGACUGCAUUUCUCAACAACGACGACCCGCACUCGAUUUGGGUGAAUGCAUUCAACGAGAUCCUCUUGAAGCCCAUUGGCCUGGGCAACAUGAGCAAGUACAUGGCUCCGGAUGACAGCACCGUCCAGCGCAUCAUUCGCAAGAAUCCUCACUUGCAGCGCGAGGACUUCAUUGUCCCACCGUCUGAUCGGCCGCGUGCCUUCGUCAUGCUUGGAGUUCUGCUCGCUCCCUUGGGACACGAGUCCGACGAUGAUACAGUCGUGUCUUUGCAGAUGUCUCCAGACUUCUCCGGCAGCCCUUUCUAUCCUGGACGGGAAGGCCAGCUGCAGUUCGACGAAGAGGGCGAGCAUUGGCUGGCCAGCUCUGAUAUUCCUGCUCUCAAGUUGGUUGUGGGAGGCGGCAUGGUGGAGACCUUUGCAUUCGGUUCCGACACACCCUUUUCGGACCAAUCCGGAGGCCACGGCGUGAGAAUGCCAUCGCCUUCGGAGCCCAUGAGUUUGGCGAAGGCCGUGGGGGUGAGCAGCGCCGCCUUUUCGGCGUACACCUCGCAAGCCAUGGACAAGUUGGGAGGGCAGAGAAUGCAGGCUUUGAUACCGGUUGCAACGCUUUGGCCGAUAACUUCCAAGAAGUUUCCUGGUCCCAAGGCAGCUGCGAAGUUCAAGAUCGGCGAUGGAGGCCACAUGGACAACUCUGGGCUGCUGCCGGCACUGCAGAGGAAGGUGCCUCGGAUUGUGAUGUUUCUCAACACGGACGUGAAGAUCGGCAUGAAGUCGGACUUCUGUGCCUACGCGCCAGUGAAUGCAGGGGAACUCGGAUCAGCAGCUGCCUGGUACUUCGUGGACAAGUUUGGACUGGGAGCUCAUGUGGACGGGUCAUUUCUGAUGCAUAACCAGGUGUUUCGGUUCAAAGACCUGCAGCCUAUCCUCUGCGACCUGCAGACACAUAGGCGCGCUGGCCGACCGGCCGUGAGUCUGAGAGAAUUGGAGGUGCUCAAAAACAGCUGGUCUGGGUCUUAG